AUGACAGAGGACACUGAAACUUAUUGCAUCAAAGGUCUUCCUAGGCCUGAAAAUGCAAGAACACGCACUCGCGAGACUAAGGAUGGCAGCAGCAUCCCUUAUGUUGAGAAUUUGCCCGUUCGCUAUGAGAUCUCCAAGCUGGCGGGCUCCAACGACCCCAUGCUUCGAAGGCAGUGGACACUUUUUGUCCUUGCGCUCGAGAAGUUCAAGAUGAAGCCUGUCAACGAGAAGCUUUCAUACUUCCAAGUCGCUGGCAUUCACGGCUAUCCUGAGGGCGCAUGGGACGGUGCUCCAGCACCCAGGCCCGACCCAACCGACCCCAAGAAGGGAGACCAGCCUUAUGGCGGUUACUGUAAUCAUAACGGUCUGAACUUUCCAACUUGGCAUCGACCUUACAUGGCACUGUUUGAGCAAUGUAUCUGGGACAACAUGGGUGUCGUCCUCAAUCAUUGGGCUACUGUCCACAAACUGGAUGGAGAUGAGUUGAACUUGUGGAAUACUGCCAAGGAUACUUGGCGUAUGCCUUACUGGGACUGGGCUCGACAGCAAAGCUACAACGAAGACUUUGCCUAUCCCCAAGUCUUGGUACAGGGCCCAGUUCGCAUCUUUGUACCCGAAAAGGUCAAAGAGUAUUACCCUCCCAGCGGACUCUACGCCAACCCUUUCUGGAGCUUCGAAAAUCCCGAGAAAGACGAACACGGAAACCCGUGUGCCUUUGGUAAGAUGCCCAAGGGCAAGAGAGACUAUAACAUCGAGGAUGACCCCGUCGAUCAUGAUAAUGCUCCUCCCACAGGCGAUGACAAAGCUUGGAUGCCUUGGAGUGAAGCUACUGCAACUAGUAGAUACGGCAUCUUUGUUAACAAGACUGCCAAGAAGUUCAUCGGUCUCGAGGGCGUCAACAAUGCUUGGGUAGCCAACAACCACCUCGCGAACAUGACGUGGUAUUCCAUCACAGCCAGACAAAAGGCACAAGAUAAGAAACACAACAGGGAUUUCUAUCUUAAGUGGAACCCAGGAACGCUUGCUGAUUCAGUCAACCGUAUGUUCUCACCCCAGUAUAACGAUACGUGGGGCCAGUUCGCCUCGACCAAAUGGACGUACGAGGGUUAUGGCAACUCAAUGAAUGGCUUCUUGUCUCUGGAGUACAUUCAUAACAAUGUUCAUAACAUCGUUGGGGGCUCUGAUUUCAAGACCGGUGUGGGCCACAUGAGCGAUGUGCCUGUGGCUGCCUUCGACCCCAUUUUCUGGCUCCAUCACACUCAAAUCGAUCGUCUUCUUGCCAUAUGGCAGUCACUUUACCCAACACUCUGGUGGGAUCAGGAUGAGCCUGGCCAAGGCAAUGUUCUCGAUGAAACCCCAAAGGACCUCUUAUACCCCUUCCAUGACAAGAGCAAGCCAUACCCAGCCGACCCGAAAGAAGACAAAGACUUUUGGACCGCCGAAAAGUGCCGUGACUGGACGGUUUUCAACUACCAGUAUGACGAUCUGAUGGAUCUAUCCCAGAAAGCACUUGGUCCCAAAGGAGAUCUCAACGAGGAAAAGUUCAAGAAGCUUCUCCAAGCAUAUAUCCACAAGACCUACCCUUGCGCGGAACAUUUGAUUCAUGAUAUCAAGGAGAACCAAGACGUUCACGUCCCAGCCGGACUGAAGCCAAAUGUUCCCAAUAUCAGCGAUGGCUCCUGGAAGGACUACAUCAUCAAUGUUAGAUACGAUCGUUAUGCUUUGGAUGGGCAAUCUUAUACCAUCAAAUUCUUUCUCGGUGGUCCUGAAGAUAAGGAUGAGACUCACUUUGAGCCUCAGAACUUUGUGGGGAGCGUCUACACCUUUGGCGGUGGCUCGCGCAAGACUCGAGACUCGUGUUCCAACUGCAAGACCCAGGCUGAGGCAGGCGUUCUCUCGUGCGCCCAGAUUCCUCUUACUAUCCAACUGCUCCACCAUACGAUCGACUGUGUGAGAGACCACCCAAUUGACACAUUCGAGGACGUUGAAGCGUAUCUCAAACUUCAUCUUCGCUGGAAGUUCUACGGCUAUGGUGGCUUUGAAGUUGACGAGAAAGAUCUCGAGCCCUUUUCCAAGACUCAGAUUACGGUGUUGCGAGGUAUUGGCCAACCUCAUCACGUAGCUGCCCCGGCUCAGGUCUCGACGUCAGCGCUGAGAACAUUGAGUGUUGCGGCUGCUGAUAUUUCGAUCUCUGCGCCAUCAAAUGUGCCCGCUAAUGAGACGAAUGGGUCAGCUCAGGGAACGCCAGUUGCAUUGCCCCCGGUUUACAGUCGUAAGCCCUAUGUGUCCCUUCCGGACAUUACUCAUGGUAAGCCUUUGGGUCUGCAGAACGAUGGAUCCUACACCUUUUCAGCCGCAAGUGAGAUCUAG